GCAACACCACAGCGUGUUUGUGGGAAUUGUAGUCCGAUUGGUUUUGUGCCGUCAUUGCCCUGUGCCGUGGAGAACUACAAGUCCCACAUAUCCCAACGCGGAAGUAGCGUAACAAAACACCGCUCGGCUGCAGCACGCUACAGCAGGAAGAUGUCUCAUGUUGUCAAAAAGAGAAAAUUGGACAAAAGCCGGCAGGACAGACUUUAUUUCGACAGCUACUCCGAUGUGACCAUCCACGAGGAGAUGAUAGCGGACCACGUCCGGACCAACACGUACCGGACGGCCAUACUGAGGAACAGCGAGCUGAUUCGGGGCAAAGUUGUGCUGGACGUCGGGGCCGGAACCGGCGUUUUGAGCAUCUUCUGCGCUCAGGCUGGAGCCAAGAAAGUGUUCGCCGUGGAAGCCUGUUCGAUAGCCGAGCAGGCGGCCAAGAUCGUGAAGCACAACAACAUGGAGGACCGGGUCGAGGUGAUCCGGGGCACGGUGGAGACGGUAGACCUACCGGAGAAGGUGGAGGUGAUCGUGAGCGAGUGGAUGGGUUAUGCCCUCCUGCACGAGUCCAUGCUCAACUCGGUGCUCUACGCCCGCGACAAGUGGCUGAAGCCGGGCGGCGUCAUCCUGCCGAGCAAAGCCGAGCUCUACAUCGCUCCCAUCAGCGACCCGGUGGUGGAGGACCGCCUGCACUUCUGGUACACCGUCAAGGACCAGUACGGCGUCGACAUGUCCUGCAUGUCCGACUUCGCCCGGCGGUGCAUCAUGAACUCGGACAUCACGGUGAACUCGGUGACCGUGGAGGACGUGCUCUCCCACCCGGCGCGCUUCGCCGAGCUCGACCUGUGCUCGGUGACCGUGGACGAGCUGCGCGCGGUGAAGGGCCGCUUCCGCUGCGAGUCGUUCGGCUCGGCGGCGGUCAACGCGUUCUGCGUGUACUUCACGGUGACUUUCCCCUGCCCGGACAAACAGGCGCUGGUGCUGUCCACGUCCCCGUUCAAGCCGGAGACGCACUGGAAGCAGGCGGUGCUGUACCUCGACGCUCCGGUGGAGGUGGUGCAGGACACGCCGGUGACCGGGGAGGUCAGCAUGUAUCCGUCGGAGGAGAGCGCCAGACAUAUAUGCAUCCAUGUGGACUACAGUAUAGGAGAGCAGAAAACACAGUCCAAGACUUUCUCCAUCCCGGACUGGAGCUCCGAGGCUCAGUCCUAGUGUCCCAGUACCACCAGAGCCUCCUGGUCUUACUGCUGUCUGUUACUGGGAGCUGCUGCAGUGGUUUCAUGUUUGUGUUAGUUUUUACUUCAUAUUUAAAAAGUCUAACAUCAGCUUCACUACCUGCAGCUGAUCUGAACCGUUUUAUUUUUUAGAUGCACAGUGAUUCUGAAGCUAACUGCUGUCCUGUAGGAAUGAGAUGCUGCGUCUCCAGAGGAAACCCUUCCAAUAAAUUCAACUUUAUUUUAA